AUGGUGUUAUUUGUCCACUCUGCUAACGGUUUUUGCUUCACGGACACAAACACAAACAUACAUACAUACAUACAUACAUACAUACACACACACACACACACACACACACACACGCAUAUAUAUACGCAAAUACAUACAACAAACACCUCGCUUCGUCUCUCCUGCCUCUGCACAACAUCGCAGUUAAGCAUCUAUCUAUUGUACAUCACUCCCACUAUUUAUACGAUAUCCAUCAGUGCUGCUGGCUUAGUGCGGUUCUUCUUUCCUUUUCUUUUUUUUUUACUCUGUUUUGCUUUGUUUCCCCAAUGCUGCAUUUACGGUCAUCGUUCUCAUCAUCAUCGCUACGAUCUUCUUCGCCGACAUUAUCGUUGUUGUCGCCACUUUGAUUACCAAAGUUAAAU